AUGUCCCAAAUAGAAACCCUAGGCAUUCUCGAAGAAAUUGAAGUUCUCGUCUCUGAUAAACUCCAAGUGGUUUCGUACAAGUGGUUGAGUCGAAAUUUCUUGGUUUCAUCGAAUGCUGCAAAAAGGUUGCUUCAAGAAUUUGUUAAGACGCGCGGAAGUGGAGUCGAAGUAGUGUACACUCUAUCUGGUUGGUUAAAGAACAGUCCUUCAAGUUACCAUAUAAGGCUUGUUUCUGGGCCCAAACUUGAAGAAGCUAAACAAGAAUUCGAUGGCAAUUGUUCAGUUCAGGUCUAUAGUGUUCAAGCUUGCAUCCCAAAGGAUCCAGCUGCACUUUGGAAUGCUGAAUUUGUGCAGGCAGAAGAUCUCUUCAAGCAAUCCUUCACGGUUGACAAUUGCUUAAGAGACAACAGGUUUUGUGGGAUUCUUAAUUCCUUUGUUAGGCACAAUGUUGAUGGAACUACUGCAAGCAAUGCAGCUCCACAGCCCAAAAGUGUGGAAAUCCCAGUGCCAUUGAAAAGUAAUUCAGUGUGUCAAAAUGUUCCACCUUCUCAGCAAACUAAAGUUCAGCAAAGCCCAAAGGUUGGUCCUCAAUCUCCCAAUUUGGUCAAAGAUGUCAAAAGCGAAAGCAAUGGGGCAGGAGUUCAUGAUCUGGCUGCCAAGGAGACUGCAGAUGGAGAAAAAUUUUCUCUUUUGGCUGCUAAUAAGAAGAUAGGUCAGAGUGAUAAAACCUCUUCUGGAAAUGGUGGUUCAUUGGCAAAUUUGUGGGGUCGUGCAUCUGCCAAGUCAAAGCCAUCUAGUGCAGAAGCAGAUAACAAUAAGCACAUUCCAAAUCCUACUGUGAGUGCAGAAGCUCAAAUUUCUGCUUGUGAAGCAAUUGAAGAUGGGAGCAGUGGUGAUGAGGCUCAGGAUGUGAAUUUUAAGCGAGCUUCUAAUGGGGAUAGCAGUAGAAAAAGGAGGGUAGUUUUAGAUUAUUCUGAUGAUGAGUAUGAAGAUGCAGUCAAUCUAGCAUCACCGGAACUUCCAAAGGGCCAAAGCAGUAAAACCUUGGUUUUGGAGAAACCUCAAGUCAACAAGCAAGCAGAAGAUAAACCAGUGAUCGAGGUAGAGAAAUCAACUAAAGGAGCAUCUAAUCAGUUGUUGAGGGAAGAUUCUUCAGUUGGAAAAAGCAUUGACUCUAAUACUUCCUCUUUGGAGAAGAUCCAGAGCAACAUCACCUCCAGUGAUUUUAAGAAGGAUACAGCUGCUGGUGCUGCUCCAAAUUCCCCCAAAAGGAGAAAAGUGUUAAAGACAAGGAUUGAUGAGCGUGGAAGAGAAGUAACUGAAGUAGUCUGGGAAGGGGAAGAGACACAAACAAAGAAAGCUGAGACAGCAGAUUCGAAAAAGAGAGCGGAAAAUAAUGCAGUUACAAAUACUGCUAACAACAGGGCACCUGCGUCUAAGAAGUCUCCAGCAACUGGAAACGCUGGUCCAUCUAAUCCAGGAAGCAAAGCAGGGAACAAGAAGGGAGGGAACAAGGACCCUAAACAAGGCAACAUUUUAUCAUUCUUCAAGCGGCGUGCCUCACAAGACUACUGCAGCUUUAGAAUAUAUAGCCUUUCGCUUCAGAUGAAGCAGAUACGUAAAACUCUUCAAAAACGCAUUUCUGAGAGGAAACUGAACAUUAUAGAAUAA